AUGGAUUCGACUGGAAUUCAAACUCGGUUCUUUUUCCUUUCUUUCUCUAUUUUGAUUUUCAUUCUUUCUCAUUUUGCUUCUUUUUCUUUCUUUCUUUCUUCCUUUCUCGUUUUUCAUUUUCUUUGCUUUUCUUUUUCUUUUCCAUUAUUUCUCUUUCUCUUUUUCUUUCUCUCUCUUUUUUCUUUCUCUUUUUUCCUUCUUUCUCUUUUCCUUUCUCUCUCUUUUUUCUUUCUCUUUUUUUUUCUUUCUCUUUUUCUCUUCUUUCUCUUUUUCCUUCUUUCUCUUUUUUUUCUCUCUUCUUUCUUUUUUCUUCCUUUUUCUCUUUUUCUUUCUCUCUCUUUUUUUUCUUUCUCUUUUUUUCUCUCUCUUUUUUUUUUUCUCUUUUUUUCCUUUUUCUCUCUCUUUUUUUCUCUUUUUUCCUUCUUUCUCUUUUUCUUUCUCUCUCUUUUUUCUUUCUCUUUUUCCUUCUUUCUCUUUUUCUUUCUCUCUCUUUUUUCUUUCUCUUUUUUCCUUCUUUCUCUUUCCUUUCUCUCUCUUUUUUCUUUCUCUUUUUUCCUUCUUUCUCUUUUCUUUCUCUCUCUUUUUUUCUUUCUCUUUUUUCCUUCUUUCUCUUUUCCUUUCUCUCUCUUUUUUCUUUCUCUUUUUUCCUUCUUUCUCUUUUUCUUUCUCUCUCUUUUUUCUUUCUCUUUUUUCCUUCUUUCUCUUUUUCUUUCUCUCUCUUUUUUCUUUCUCUUUUUUCCUUCUUUCUCUUUUUCUUUCUCUCUCUUUUUUCUUUCUCUUUUUUCCUUCUUUCUCUUUUUCUUUUUCUCUCCUUCCAUUUUUUCUUUCCUUCCUUUGUUUUUUUUCUUUCUCUUUUUCCUUCUUUUUCUUUCUUUUUUUUUCUCUUUUUCUUUUUUUUCUUUCUCUUUUUCUCUUCUUUUUUUUCUUCUUUUUCUUUCUCUCUCUCUUUUGUUUUUCUUUCUCUUUUUCUUUCUCUCUCUUUUUCUUUCUCUUUUUCAGGGUCUGAUUGAACUGUCUUAA